GGCGGCGAUGAGCGCGCGGUUCCUGCGAGCCUGGCGGGGCGGGUGGGGCCGGGGCUGCGGGAGGGGCCACACGACCCCCGCGGGAGAGGCUCCGAGGCGCGAGAAGCCCCCCUGGCGAGUCCUCUUCUUUGGCACCGACCACUUCUCCGCAGAGAUCCUCCGAGCGCUCCAGGCAGCCCGAGCACCAAGGCCAGACCAGCUUGUGGAUCAGCUGGAGGUGGUGACUCUGCCCCCCAAUCACUCAAAGGUACUCCCUGUGAAGAAGUAUGCAGAGCAGUUUCAGCUCCCCAUCCACAUCUGGCCUGAUGUAGGGGAGUGUGAGAAUUUUGAUGUUGGCGUGGUGGCAUCGUUUGGACGUCUGCUUAGUGAGGACCUCAUCCGAAAGUUCCCCUAUGGCAUGCUGAAUGUCCACCCCAGCUAUCUUCCACGGUGGCGUGGCCCUGCACCAAUCAUCCACACCGUGCUCCAUGGAGAUACAGUAACUGGGGUCACAAUUAUGCAGAUCAGGCCUAAGAGAUUUGAUGUGGGCCCAAUUAUUAAACAAGAAGAAUUUGCCGUUCCACCCCGUUGCUCAGCAAAAAAACUGGAGCCCCUGUUAUCCAAAGAAGGCGCAAACAUGCUGAUUGCUGUUUUGCAAAACUUACCAGAAAGUUUAAGCAAGAAGAAAGAACAACCCAAAGAAGGAGUAACACAUGCUCCUAAAGUCACGGUUGCAAUGAGCUGUGUUCAGUGGGAAAAACAAACUGCUGAGCAGAUACUAAGGAUACAUCGUGCCUUAGGAGCUAUGAUGCCUCUAAAGACGCUGUGGAUGGGUUCCAGUGUAAAACUAUUGGACUUUGAAGAAGAGGAAAUGCUACCAGAUUUCACUGAUAAGGGUGUAGCUGAAAAAGAGGCAACUCCAGGGUUGGUGUUGUACCACAAGCAAUUAAAGAUCCUGCUGAUCCGUUGCAAGGAAGGUUGGGUUGGAGUCAAAACUAUUAUACAUAAAAAGAAAUUGACGGCAACCGACUUCUACAAUGGCUACCUACAUUCAUUGUCACAGAACAAUUCUCAAACGGCUCUCAGGAACUGCCGGUUUCAAACACUCAAGCUGACCACAGUGAAAAAGAACCCGAAAAAUUCACCGGCUGUGCAGAAUAAUUGUGAUACAAUUUCCAGUAAUGCGUGAAAGUAUUAACUCUGCAUGAAGAGCUAAAUUGGAAGCAUCUCAGCUUGUCCCAGAAUUGAUCGAUGGAAAACAGUGAUGGGAGAAAAUAAACAAUCAUAAAGACUGUGCUGUGCAGCUGAUAUUGUGGCGUGGAUAACACAAAGGACCAGUAACCUGGACAGUGUGUUUAUUCUGCCUAUUUAAAGCUUCAAAACACUCUCAGCCUUGCAAGUCUCAUUUUUCAGGAGCCAUACUUUCCGCUUCUGGAUCCAUCUUUUUCCAACUUAAAAAAUGCAGUUGAGCAGGAUUAACUAAGUUAAGGACACACAUGUUGUAUUAUUGAACAAUAAAUGAUUUUAUACA